GGGAAACAGGCAGGGGAGAGCUGUUUUUAUGGGCCAUUUUUCCUGUCACGGCAGAGCUGGCGCCGUGAGAAUGGACGCGAUCAAGCCUCCAGAGUAUCUUGAUACCCGACUGACCACUGGGCGACGCUUCUCCUGUUUGGGUGCGCUGAAAGCUUAAUGCACAGCCGUGUCGUGUGCACAUCACAGCGCCAGGCUGCGAGUGUCUGUCAGUUCAUUCGCAAAUUUCUGCCAGUCAAUGCAUUCCUGGAGAAGAGAGGCUCUCGUAUCCCAUGCAAGCAGAUUAUGAAAACUUCUUUUUUCGAUUCCGCACCGCUGGGUUGAUUGGCUAUAGCAAUACGAGUUGCUGCCAUUUCCAUCUCCCAGGCGAUGCCAGUUCCGUGUGAUUUGCUAAUUAUAGCGUGUUUGCUCCGUGGCGUGGGGCCAUGGGACCGGCCGACUUGAUCUGCAUUCAACACGAGCUCAACUUCAGCUGGAAUGUGCAUCUUCUGGUUCUGAUGAGCUCGAGGCGAGUUUGGGUGAGCGCUGAGAAAGAUAUAAAUAACGGUUCCCGCCCUCGAUUCAAGAUUGUCCUUCCAUCUCACAGAUCACGAGAACUACGAGAACAAAUAACAAAAAGAACCAGAAGAACCUAAUCUUCCAAACCAACACCGCAAACAUGAAGUACACUACCCUCCUUGCUGCUGUCGCUCUUGUCCCGGCUGCCCUCGCCGCUGCCGUCGACGGUGCCGCUCCUGCUCCUCUUGCCGAGAGAGCCUGCGUCCCCAGCAAGUGCCGCUGCAUCGGAGGCCAAGGCCAGUUCUGCGGCAACGAGGCCAUCAACCACCACUGCAAGAACGGUCACGUCUAUGAGUGCAACCGCCACACCGGCAAGACCUGCGACUAUGGAUACAGAAAGUCCUGUGGCCAGUGCGGCAAGCUCAGUUGCUAAGCGAUGGAUUGGAUAAUUCUUCAAUAUUGUCAUUUAAUAUACGGUUUAAUUCUCCGUCUGGAGUACACAUACAUGUGAAAUCAAAUUUACUUUU